AGCUUUCAGCAGGCAGAUUAAUCCCAGACACACCUCGUGCUGACCUUUAUGCACGUACCUCCUAAACUUUCUGGGAGACUUCUCUCCCCCCAGCCCCUUGCUUCCUCCAUCUCCCGGCAGGGCUGCCUGCAGAACCUGGUGAUCCUGCUUUGAUCCUGCUUCCGCACAACGCCGAGUAGCCUCCACCUCCCUUCCCCACUUCCCUCCCCAACUACUCACUCCCUCUCUCCCCUCGGGCUGGCAGGAUUCCUGGGGCAGAGCAUGCAAUCAGUUUGCAGGGAGCAGCCGCAGCAACAGGAAAGAUGCAGAAGCACAACCAGAAGGAGCACCUCUACAAGCUGCUGGUGAUUGGGGACCUGGGAGUGGGCAAAACCAGCAUCAUCAAGCGCUAUGUCCACCAGAACUUCUCCCCCCACUACCGGGCCACCAUUGGGGUGGACUUUGCCUUGAAGGUCCUUAGUUGGGAUGCUGAGACUGUGGUACGGCUGCAGCUCUGGGAUAUUGCGGGUCAGGAAAGAUUUGGAAACAUGACCAGGGUCUAUUACAGAGAGGCCAUGGGAGCAUUUAUUGUCUUUGAUGUUACAAGACCUGCAACAUUCGAAGCUGUGACAAAAUGGAAAGAAGAUUUGGACUCUAAGCUUGUUCUUCCAAAUGGCAAACCUGUGCCGACUGUCCUCUUAGCAAACAAAUGUGACCAGGGAAUAGAUGUUCUUAUGAACAAUGGCAUCAAGAUGGAUCAGUUCUGCAAAGAAAAUGGGUUCGUGGGCUGGUUUGAAACAUCAGCCAAGGAAAAUAUAAACAUCAAUGAAGCUUCCAGAUGCUUGGUGAAACACAUAAUUGCUAGUGAGAGUGAUCCAGUUCAGCCCAUUGAAGCAGAUAUUAUAAAACCACACUUGAAUUCCGGCAAGAUUGUCAGUUGUUCAGCUUGUUUCAAAUCCUAAGAGACUUCCAGACUAUUGCAAGAGCUGAACAGCUAUAAUUCACAGUGUAUUCUUUAUCCAAAGUACCCACCCUACCCAGAUUGUCCAUAAACAGAUUUCAGUUAUCUCAAAAAUAUACUUAAAUUUGUUCAUAAUUUUUUAACAGCUAAAAUUUGUUGCAAAGAUUUCAUUGAUAGCGACUGUUCAAAACUGCCAUUGACUACUAGUCGGAUAAGACUCCCGGUGAUGGCUGUGUUUUCCUGGUUGGGUGUCACUACCAGUGAUAUCAAAACCUAUUUCUCUGCAAUGUUGUUUCUGAAAGCUCAUUUUUGUGAUGUUCCUGAAGCAAUAACCUACUUGUUCCUUGGUUCUCCAGCCCAUCCUCUCAAUUCCCUGACCAGACAACCAUCAUCCUUACACUGUUUUGCUUCCCGUUACACUUGAAUAAUCUCUUUUCACAUGAGGGAGAAGAUGACAGUGAAGAUAUAGAUGAUAAGGGAGAGGCAACAAGAACAUGCACAGUGAAAUAUUCCCAAGUUCAGUCUCCUGGAUGAACUGGCAAGGCUGAACGUGCAGCAACCAUUCAUGUCAUUCAUUUCUCUACAAGAUCUCAGCUUGUGAGACUGAAACUGCAGUAGUUUUUGCUGUCUCUCCCUGAAGACUUACAACAAGUAAAAGGUGAUAAAACAGUGAAUCAGGAGUAGUCCCACAUGUGAUGGAGCUGACAGUUUUCAGAAAGGUUAUCUGUUCCAGAAAUCCAGCAUCUCCUCCAAAAAUACUCAGUGAUUUUGUUCCAUUUUGUUCCUACCACUCCAUCCCUCAUGCCAUGUAUUCCUUGUAUUCCACAAGUCCCUGAA